AUGCACUUUUCCAACCUAAAGCUGCUUGCUCUUCUUUUCUUUUACCAGUCUAAUAACUUAAUUUUUGCAGCGGCGAAAUGUGCACCAGGAUGCGGCGAUGCUGAUGCUUGUAUUGGGACUGAAUUCUGCACUACUGCGACCUUCACCACACCCAGCUCGACUGUUCUGACAACAUGCGUGCCCACGGCAACUUGCCUUGGGCCCAAUGCGAUUUCGGUACUGGGAUGGGCUGUUGCUCGGGGUAUUGCGCGGCGACCAGAUGCCGACCCACUGAUGAAAAGUGGCCUGGGUGUAAUGAGGACAAUGGGCCAUGUUUGGCUGAUGAGAAUUGUUGUUAUGGGAAUAAGUGAAUAUAUUGAGCAAUGA